UAAAUGAAAGAAUUAUGUAUAUACGACAAUCCGCUAAAUUACAAAAGCCAUUAAGAGCAAUGGUCCCACGAGUUAUGGCCUUGUAAGAGCAAUAAUAAUCUCGUGAGUAAGUGAUUGCCUAUAAGUGUGAAGCAGCAGAAGAAAGAACAAAAGCUGACAAACUAACUAUCCUUUCUCCCUCAUCACUCAUCAAUGGCCGAUGAAAUACUUCACGACUUCUUCCCUAUGUUCAGAGUCUACAAAAAUGGCCGCAUCGAGAGGCUAACUGGCCAAGAUAUCGUUCCCCCUUCUCUAGAUCCAUCCACGGGGGUCCAAUCCAAAGACGUCCAAAUCGCGCCGGAGAUCAACCUCUCCGCCCGCAUUUACCUGCCGCCCAACGCCGACAGGAGCAAAAAGCUCCCGCUUCUCGUCUACUACCACGGCGGCGGCUUCGUCAUCGAAUCCGCCUUCUCUCCUCUCUAUCAAAAGCACCUCAAUCACUUAGUCGCGCAUGCCAACGUGGUCGCCGUAUCAGUGAAUUACCGAUUAGUCCCCGAAUUCCCGCUCCCGAUCGCGUUCGAGGAUUCAUGGCGCGCUCUCAAAUGGAGCGCUGAGGGCAAGGAGGAGUGGAUUAAGGAAUUCGCUGAUCUGAACCGUGUGUAUUUAGGCGGGGACAGCGCCGGCGGCAAUAUAGCACACAACAUCGCCAUGCGGGUCGGGUCGGAGAAGCCGGAGGGGUUCAAUCUGCGCGGGAUUUUUCUCAACUGCCCCUACUUUGGGGGCGUGGAUCCGAUAGGGAGCGAGAUGACGGAGCAGUUGAGGAGUGGGAGGGAAUUUGCUGAGAAGCUGUGGCGAUUUGCUUGCCCGAGCAUGUCGGACAGCGACGAGGGAUGGGUGAAUCCGGGUAAGGAUCCGAAGAUAUCGGGUUUGGGUUGCGGAAAAGUGCUGGUUUAUGUUGCGGGGAAGGAUUCUCUGAAGGAUAGAGGGUGGUAUUACAAGGAGGUGCUGAGCAAUUGUGGGUGGAAGGGAGAAAUCGAGUGCGUCGAGGUUGCAGGUGAGGACCAUGUUUUCAGUGUGUUUUUCCCAGAUAAUGAGGUUGGCAUCGCUGUGCUCAAAAAAGUGGCUUCCUUUAUCACUGAUUAAUGUCGAGUAUUUCUCGUCUAUUGUUAUAUCUCAUCUCGCCCGAAUAAAUGUAGUGAUCUUUGAUGUG